AUGACAUAUAGCAGAGAGGAAUUAUUGUCAGCGUUUCGACUAUACGAGUGUCCGGAAGGAUUGCGGGCUCAUGCGGCGGUUUACUCGGAGGUGCCGGCGGAGCCGGAAGUGUUGAAUGCUCCCGCAAGCCUGAGUCAGGCAGUGUCAACUGCGACGACGCGGCCGAAACGUACGUUGUCGGAGUUGGCGAGUAAGGUGCGCGGUGCUCCAUUGGCGGCGUCGGCGGGGUCGGCGUCGAACGCCGGAGGUCGGGUUAUGACGCGGGGUGCACCUGCGGCGGCGAAAACGGCGUUUUCCAGGACCGCGUGGCCGAGUAGCGGGGAGCAGCCAGUGACGAACAACCGGUUCACUUCGCUGGAGAACUGGGCGAGUCGCAGUCGAUUGUCGCGCGCAGCAAAUAGUUACGACAAACCAGGCUUCGACAACAAGGCGACAACGUUCGACCGCGGUGAACGUGCGGAGUGCGAAGAGCUGAUAGCCGAGGAAGACGUGGACGCCUUGCGGCGGUCGAUCGUGCGGUGGUCGGACGGCCGGCCGUUGUACAUGGUGGCAUACCACGAAUUGCUGCCGUUAGCCGACAAGUGUGCGGGAAAGCUAAACAUGACACGCGGUGCUGGUCAAAAUGUGGACGCUGUACAGCAACGCAAGUUCUUUGAGCAGUAUGAGGCACAUGUGGCGGACUUGUAUAAUGAAUUUGCGCGACAUAAGAAAUUGCGUCUGCCUGAACCAGCGAACCAGGCGUUGCGUCUCACGCCAGAGUCAAGUGUUGCCUUGUGGCCUACCUUCCGCGAGCUGUUUUUGCAAACUGAAGAGAUCUUGCAGCUCCUCUCUCUUUGGGAAACUUCAUUGCUGAAGAAAACUGCCCCCCUGAAGAAGCCGAUAAUGUGGGAAUACCUCGACCCACAAAAUCAUGUCCAGGGCCCCUUUAGUAGCGCCAAAAUGAAUGAAUGGUUCCGAGGAGAUUUCUUCCCUCCCACACUACCCAUACGAGUAUGCGGUGCUCAACGGUUUGCUCCCCUCGUUGACGUCUACCCUCCAAGCUCCGCUAGUCCGCCCUUUCUCUCGCCCCCUCCCGACCGCUUCCUCGACCAAACUGACCUUCUCGAGAAACCCUACGCCGACCCAGCCGCCUACGCUCAGGCGGCCGCUAAAAGCCCACCCAGCAUCCAGCACAUUAAUGACGACCACCGACCCCAAAUGAUUCCUGGACGACCAAAUGACUCCGCAACCUCACCGGCCGCCGUGACAAUGGCCACCGCCAUGACUGACACGGCACUGGCCCCACAACCGCCGACAACAAAGCCGUCGCCGUCACCUGCCUCGGCGACUGCCGUCUACCGAGCCCCGAACCCCUUCCAAGACAUGCCUCUCCGAGACGUUCCUCUUCGAGACGUUCCUCUCCGAGACGUUCCUCUCCGAGACGUUCCUCUUCGAGACGUUCCUCUUCGAGACGGCCGUCUUCGGGACGAUUCUCUUCGAGGCGUGCAGGACGUAUCCCCUGUUUCGAAUACACGCGAACAAGAAGUGGCUGACGAAGGAGUGGCACGCGAAGGAGUGGCACGCGAAGGAGUGGCUCACGAAGGAGCGACUCACGAAGGAAUGACUCGAGAGCUGACGCAGGACAUCGAGGCCGCAAAGCAGGAGGAAGAGGAGUUGUUGCGUAGGCACGAGUUGGACGUGUUGAAGCGGAUGGAGUUGCAGCGUCGGCAGGAAGAGGUGCGGUUGGCAAAGGAGAAGAAGUUGCGCGAGGCAGCACGCGUGCGCGAAGAAGAGGCGACGAACCGUGUGGCGGCUGCAAUCCGCGAACAGCAGCAGCGGGAGGUAUUGGAGGCGCAGUGGCGUGUCGAGGCGCAAAGACAGCGUGAAGCGCGUGAGGCGAAGUUGUUGGCUGAGAAGAAUGCGCUCGACUCUUUAGUAUACAAUGACAACACGGCAGCGAAGCCGCCGAUGCGAUGGAAACAGCCGGUGCCGGCUGUUUCACCCGACGACGCCGAGACAGGGCCCAGCAUCGAGGAGUCCAGACGACUGCCGCCUCAGACCGCUACGGCCUCCGCGGAAGGCUCUGACUGGCGGAAAAAGGUUGGUCGUAAAAAGUCCAAGCGACUUGAAGACGUGCUUACGCCUGCUCCAAAGAGCGUUUGGCAACUGCCCACGCGCGACGUCCCAGCCUCCUCCUCCAUCUGGUCCGAUGAACCCUCCAUUGACGUCGCCGCACACAUCACCAGCCCCGCACACACAUCCUCCAACCUCUCCGGCUCCGGCGCAGGAGGUAGCAUCGGCGGAGACACCAGCAUGGCCCAGGCCUUAAGUAACCAACCCGGACUAGGCACUGUGGUCCAGCCCAGCACCUCGCCGACUGCUGUUCCGGCGAGUGUCGCUCGCGCGGCCGCACAGACCAGUCCGCCGGCAGCUUUUCCGUCCGCGCUGCGAGUCCAAGCGGCCGUUAAGCCGACCUCAACCAAGACUCAGCCGGUGAAGGCCCCGCCAGCCGUCGGGAAACCGGUCACCCCGGCGAAGCCCGUUACGACUGCCAAGGCCGUCCAGAAACUGCCCCCGAAGGCCACCCCCACCAUUGUCCACAGCAGCACCGUUUCCGCCGUACCCGGCCCGGUCCCCGGCGCGCCUGCGGACCGCAAGGUCUCUGCCACCAGCGCCACUGUCCGCUCCAACAGCUCGGACGACGCGCGAGGCAAUAUCAAGGACCUCUGUGCCCACUACCAAAUCGAGCUCGACCCGGACUUCAUUACCAUGCUCAUCGGAAUGCCUGAUAUCGACUCAAUUAAAUCGUUCCUCUCGGAUAACCUCCCGCACAUGGACGAGAGCAGGGUUUCUGAGUUCUCUGACGCGUUCUGGGACGUGGUGAGGAACCCGUUCCAACCUGUGUCCAACAAACGCGGGCAGUCUCGCAGGAAAUAG